AUGUUGACCAAUGUCUUGCCAUUCGAAAUCCUUGGAAUUAUCUCGACAUUUAUUUCUACGGAUGACAUAUUAGUCUGCACAACAGUCUGCAAAGCUUGGAAUGCACCAUUUAAAGACACUCUAUGGGAGACAGUCAACAUUAAGACUAGCGAAAGACUGAAAGCCAUAUGUACCGUAUCUCACACUGAAAAAAAUAUCUAUCAGGCCAACGGCAACCGUGUUCAGACCUUGAGUUUCAGAAAGAUGAUCCGAAUGAAUGAUAGCCAACUUCACACAAUACAAACGUACUUCCAGCGAGUAAAGAACGUGCACAUGCCACUCGGUAGUUUGACAAAAGAAGAUUUUGGACUGACGGCUGAUUGGAGUCUCUGGAAAUCAUUGAUAAAUUUGGAAAUAUUUAUGCCAGCAUUGACUUUGGAUAAUCAAAAGGAAGAACUCCUUAAUAUUUUAUCGUUUCUACCAUGCCUCAAACGACUGGAUCUUGCGCAAGAGUAUAGUUAUAGGGUUCAGCCCUACACAUGGGAAACAUUAGAGUCAAUACACGAAUACUUAUCACAGCUUGAACAUUUAAGACUGCAUCUAUUUCUUCAUCCAAUUCCAACAAAAGACGUCUUGUUGAUCAAAGACGUUAUUCCAGCAACACACAUGGCUUCCGCAGAAUUUCUCGGGCAUAACAUGGAUCACGAAUGGCUGUUUUACUUUGCUAUGAAAUAUCCAAAUAUCCAAACCUUGAACGCAAAGGCAAUAUACAAAAACCAGUUGGAAGAAUAUACCCAAAACGACGAAACAAUAGAUACAGUACCUGAAGUCUCACAACAGUUUUCACGAAUCAAAAAAGUGACACUGCGUCAAGAAGUGAUUCAAGGACUACAUUACGACGCGUUUUGGAGACUUUUUCAUGAGCUCGUUAGAUCCGUUAAAUCAUUAGAAUACAACCUUCAACUAAAAGAUGCUGUGAGUGGGCAACAAAAAGACACUGUACGAGACGCAAUCUGUUUUCGCUCAGAAACUCUCGAAAAAUUAAUUUUAAGAGUCAAAUCCAGAUUUAGUAUCCCAAGUAUCCUUUUCACAAACCUCGGAAUAUGUCCUCGUCUGGUGGAUCUAACAAUGGAAGUCUCCAACGCAGCCAUAGAAUUCGAUGUUCUUUUGGAUAACUGUGCGCUCCUCAACAAGGUCAGAUUCAGAGAUCAACGGAUUGUUCUAAGCUCUGAUCCUUCCAAGCCUGUAGUCCACCACGGAUUACAGUCAAUAGAACUUUACAUGUCUAGCAUUGACGCAGACGUUUUCAAAUAUACAUCUUCUCGCUGCUGGCAUCUGAGUAAACUGAGACUACAGACUGUCAGGGUACCGGUGUCAAUAGCACCGGAGACAGGUGUUUUCUGUAUUGAUAUGUCCUACACACAUUUUGAUGUCUUGAAUCUCGAAGGAGUCAAAUUUGAUUUAUUGGAUGAUAAUGAUGAAUAUGAUGAAUACGACGAAGACGACGAUGAAUACGAUUUGUUGCAAUACGAAGAAUACAAUGUGAAUCUGAUAGCUAUCGAAAGAAUUCAUUCUAAAUCAAAACACGCCAGCUGUACAGACAGUGUAGUCUUAUUUGAAAACGUGCCUCCGACAACUGUAGACAAACGAUUGUGGUUUCAUCAAUAUUGGGAGGCGACAAUUAAUAACGAAAAGAAAGAAGCACGGAUGCUCGAAAGACAAGAAACUCGUUUUGCUGAGAACUAUUUCAAAUACUUUGCCUUAAACAGUGGAUCAACCCCUUGUACAUAUAAAUCCAGGUUUCCGGGAGGGUUGGUGAAGAAACCAUUUUGGAAGGAGGAUCUAGGACGAGGUUACUUAUUGCUGCGAUGUGGAUAUGUCGGCAACUAUAUCAUUAAUGAAUCUUUGUUUGACCAUGAUAUAAAGCUUCCGUGGUAUGCAAUAUUUUCUUUAUAA